AUGCAGGGUGUGAGGAACCUCUUCAUCCCCAUCUGUUUCAGUUUGGUGGUCUCUGUCGGCUACGGCCGGUGCAAGACGCUAGCCAGCCCGGCCGCAAAGGAGGAGGCUGAGGACUUCUUCCACAGCGCUGAGGAAGAUCUCACUGUGGAGGAGGAUGAGAAUGCGCAGGAGAGACAGGGGAACUUCUCGGAGGGCACGAAGGAAGAGUUCUUCCACAAGCUGAACCUGACUGGGGUCACCCAGGAGCACAGUAGGAUAGACCCGCCGCAAUUCAUGAUCGAGCUGUACAACAGAUAUGCCUCCAACAAGUCGUCCAUGCCUCGAUCGGACGUGAUCCGUAGCUUCCUUCUCCAAGAUAUCACACACUCUGAAAGAAAUGACGACAUGUCAAAACACAGACUGCUUUUCAACGUUUCUAUUCCCAGCCAUGAGGAGAUCACCACGGCGGAACUAAGGCUAUUCACCCUCCUGGAAGAGAGGUCGGCGGUCCGGGCCGCAGCCCGGGCGACAAUUAAAGUGUACGCAGUGGAGCACGGCGGGGCGGGGCUGAAUCUGCGUUUCCUCAGCAGCGGGGACGCCGAGGGGUCCUGCCACUCCUGGGAAGCGUUCAACAUCACCGACGCCGUGCAAGGCUGGCUGAGGUCGGGCGGCGGGGCCAACGAGCUGGAGGUGCACGUGGAGCGGAGGGGGUGCCGAGAGAUCCACGGCGGGGGGCUGGACAUCAGCCUCAGCCUGAAGGGAAACAGCUCGGCUGCUCUGGUGGUGUUCUCCGACGACCUGGGCAGCAGGAAAAAGGAGUCCGAGAACGAGCUGAGGGACAUGAUGGCCCACGAGGAGGAGGGGAUGUUUUCUGAGAUGGACAUACAAGCCGGCAACCGCCAUAACGGCGAAAUCCCGCCGGAGGUCCUGGCCGGCAUCCAACCGGAUGUCCACCUGAGGGAAAGAAGGCAGGUACGCAGGGACUACUGCAGGAGGACCUCCCUACGAGUCAACUUCAAAGACAUCGGCUGGGACAAAUGGAUCGUGGCCCCGAUGGAGUAUGAAGCGUUCGAGUGCAAGGGCUUGUGCUACUUCCCUCUGACCGAUGACCUCACCCCGUCCAAGCACGCUGUGAUCCAAACACUGGUCAACCUCAGGAACCCCAAAAAAGCCAACAUGGCGUGCUGCGUCCCGACCAAACUGGACCCGAUUACUGUCCUGUAUCAAGAGAAGGACAUCAUUACUGUGCGGCAAAUGUAUGAAGAGAUGCAAGUUGCUGCUUGCGGAUGUAGGUAGUGAGGGAGCAUUCAGGUGCUCUUAUUUAUCCUGUAAAUCUGUACAUUCGUGGAUAAUGUAGCAAUUAUUUUUUAUUUAAUGUAUGUACAGUAUUGGAUGCACAAAUAAGAGUAAAUACUGAAUUUUUUGUUUAAUGUGUCAUUGUAAAUAUUCCUAUGGAAAAAAUAGUUUUUAUGAAGGGGUAAGAGGUGUGUGAUGGGGCUGUUGAUGUGCUACUUACAGUUAGGAUAUGGAUUGGGUAAUGAUCAUUUUAUUAUGACCACCUUGGCAGAGAAUAUAACUAUGCAUUAUGUAAAGAAUUCUGGUUUCAUGAUUUUCACAUGUAUAUCCUGUUAUGUAAACAUUUAAUUUGUAUUAUAGUAACGCAGUCUUAUGAAACUAUUUUUGUUGAUCAUGAAUAUACAUUUUGUUUCUGUUUUAUUUCUUUGGAUUGUUUUUUACUCUCUAUUGUUUAAUCUAUCUUUCUUUUAAGCCAAUUAGAACUUAAAAUGGGAAUGACAAUAUUUAAAAAGUAUUGGUAGCAUUCCAUCAGCAA